AGCGGACGCGGGGCGGUGGCGCCCGGAAGUGACGCGUGUUGCUGCCGGGCGCCGCCGUACGAGCGGAGGCGAGCGAGGCUGCGGGUACCGCGGGCCGGGCCUCGCCGCGGCCUGCGCCACCCCCGCCCUCAGAUGGACCAGUCGUCUCCAACCUACAUGCUUGCCAACGUAACCCACUUGCAUUCUGAACAGCUUCUGCAAGGCUUGAACCUCCUUCGCCAACAUCACGAGCUCUGUGACAUUAUCCUUAGAGUCGGCGAUGUCAAGAUCCAUGCCCACAAAGUGGUGCUUGCCAGCAUCAGUCCGUACUUCAAAGCCAUGUUCACUGGGAACCUUUCUGAGAAGGAGAACUCGGAGGUGGAGUUCCAGUGCAUUGACGAGGCAGCCCUGCAGGCCAUCGUGGAGUAUGCCUACACGGGAACUGUGUUUAUCUCACAAGACACUGUAGAGUCGCUUCUUCCAGCUGCGAAUCUUCUCCAGAUCAAACUGGUAGUGAAGGAGUGUUGUGCGUUUCUUGAAAGCCAGCUUGAUCCUGGCAAUUGCAUCGGGAUUUCUCGUUUUGCAGAGACCUAUGGCUGCCAUGACCUCUACUUGGCUGCUAACAAGUACAUUUGUCAAAACUUUGAAGAUGUUUGUCAGACAGAAGAAUUUUUUGAGCUUACGCAUUCUGAAUUGGAUGAAAUUGUUUCCAAUGACUGCUUGAAUGUCGUGACAGAAGAAACCGUUUUUUAUGCACUAGAGUCCUGGAUCAAAUACGAUGUGCAGGAGCGACAGAAGUACUUAGCCCAGCUGCUCCAUUGCGUUCGGUUGCCGCUGCUGAGCGUUAAGUUUCUGACGAGGUUGUAUGAAGCAAACCAUCUCAUUCGUGAUGACCAUACUUGCAAACAUCUGCUGAAUGAGGCCCUGAAAUACCACUUCAUGCCUGAACACAGACUUUCCCACCAGACCAUGUUGAUGACACGACCUCGCUGUGCUCCUAAAGUUCUUUGUGCCGUAGGAGGAAAAGCUGGAUUGUUUGCAUGUUUGGAAAGCGUUGAAAUGUAUUUUCCCCAGAAUGAUUCCUGGAUAGGCCUGGCACCUCUUAGCAUUCCCCGCUAUGAAUUUGGAGUAUGUGCCCUAGACCAGAAAAUAUAUGUUGUAGGAGGGAUCGCAACCCAUGUGUGUCAAGGCAUCAGUUACCGAAAGCAUGAGAAUUCAGUGGAGUGCUGGGACCCCGAUAAGAACACUUGGACGUCUCUUGAAAGGAUGUUUGAGAGCCGGAGUACUCUGGGAGUGGUAGUUCUGGCAGGAGAGCUCUACGCCUUAGGUGGCUAUGAUGGGCAGUCUUAUUUACGAACUGUAGAGAAGUACAUCCCCAAAGUGAAGGAAUGGCAGCUGGUGGCCCCAAUGAACAAAACCAGAAGUUGUUUUGCUGCAGCUGUCUUGGAUGGAAUGAUAUAUGCCAUCGGUGGCUACGGUCCUGCCCAUAUGAACAGCAUGGAGCGUUACGAUCCCAGUAAAAACUCCUGGGAGACAGUAGCUUCAAUGGCUGAUAAACGAAUAAACUUUGGUGUCGGUGCCAUGCUGGGCUUCAUUUUUGUAGUAGGUGGACACAAUGGUGUGUCUCACUUAUCGAGCAUUGAGAGAUACGAUCCUCAUCAAAAUCAGUGGACUGUGUGUCGACCCAUGAAGGAACCCAGAACAGGAGUUGGUGCAGCUGUAAUUGACAAUUACCUUUAUGUAGUCGGAGGUCAUUCAGGGUCGUCCUAUCUGAACACUGUACAGAAGUACGAUCCCAUCUCGGAUACCUGGCUGGACUCUGCUGGGAUGAUGUACUGUCGAUGCAAUUUUGGCUUGACUGCACUUUGAUGAAAGGCAGGAUGUAUUUACGGACCUGAUGCAAAGAUGGAGCUUUGUCUGCUUGAAAAUGAACCCUGCUGGUGGAGACCAUAAGCUGCGUUUUCUGAAGUGAGAAAGUUGGAGGAAAGCGGUGCAGUUGGGAUUGAAGUGAUGAAGGAUUGGUUCUCUUCUGGUAAUUGGCCUUUGUUACUUUAGUGACAUGGGCAGGAGGAAUGGAAAGUUUAUUACCAGCUGGGUUUAGGUAGCGUCCUGUUAAUGGCAGUGAAUUCUAGAGAGUACUGUACAUGCCUGGGAUAUGAUUAGAAAUCUUACUGUAUAUCUAACCCUUUCACUUCCUAGAGCUUUUCUCUCUUCCUCCUGCCUACUAUGAGACAUGAAGUUUACUGUGCUUGGGGCGAGAGAUGUGUGAAUGUGGUGUGUGCCUGGACACUUUGCUGAUUGUUGUCUGGUUGUGUCUUCAUAUUAAGAAAAUGCCAGUGCUUCAUAAUUUUUUUUAUGAACAGUAACUAAAGGGCUGCCUUGUUUCUGUAUCUCAAGGUCUGUAAAUAAUAAAUGCCAUAGUAUGUUGCCUGUACACUCUCCUUUGUUACCUGCUUACUGGUAGGAGGGCUGGGAUGGUAAUGAGUAACUCCUUAAAGACAUUUACAAGGCAUAUUUCUUGCCUCUUAAUGAAAUUUUUGGAUCUGCUGAAGAGAAAUGACAUUUUUAACUUUCCCGUAUAUUUUCUUUUUGUGGAUAAAUAAGUGCUAGGUUAAAUGACUUAAUCUUACUAAUCUGCUGUGUGUUUUCAACUGUAAUGCAAGGAAAAAUGACAGCAGUAAUGCAUUGGAAGAUGCCACAGCAGCAUUCAUAGCAAAAUGUAAAAUAUACUCAAAAAUGAAUCCAUCCCAUCCUUCUCCCAAGCGCACUUGUGUCCGUAUAACUUCCUUUUUUAAAAGAAUGUAUGAUUGCUUUCUCAGAGUGUUCAGAUACAAAAAUGGUGCUAAAUGUAGGACUUAACGAUAAGGCUGUUACUGAUUUUAGUGCAGUAUGCAUAAAGCAUGAUUGUUUUGUUCUAGUGGUUUUUUGUUUGCUUGAUACAUUCGUGCCUACGAAAACUGUCAAGAAUAACACGAUGUACUGAAUGAGCUCUACGUUUGUUACUUUUUUUUCCCCAGAAGAUCUGUGUUUAUUGUUCCUAUUCUCACAAAUACCUAAAUAGGGAUUGAACAGUGAGAUCCUGCCUCGGGUUCUUCAGACAGUCUUGCCUUUAACACGAGUUGCAAUGAAUGAAAAGCGCGGGGCGGAGUUGCUCACCCCGAGUGCGUCUCCUGCGUAACAGAGUACUGACAGUCGGUUCCUCUGACUGACCGGAAUCUCAAGAGAGAUAAUUUUGUGAUAGCCCUAAACUUAGUGAAAAUUUGGGCAGAUAAUAGAAAGUGAUGCUAUGGGUUAUAGCCAUUAUUUAAAAUAGAUGACUGAAUAAAUAUGAAUUUUAGCUAAUUUAGAAUGUUUUGGUUUGUCUUCUGAUUUUAACUAGGAAUCAUGGUUAUCUUGAAUUUCUGUUUCGAUGUCUGUACGUGUAUUGCCAGGCCUGGUACUGAAGAAUUUUUCUGCCUCUAGAGUUAUUUUCCCUUUGUUUUAACGUGUUAAAUUAAUGUUUGUUUCCCCUUGUUUUUCAAGCCCAUAUAGUAUUAUUUUUUGAAGGUGCAAUAAUAUUUGAAAUAGUUGCUUUAAAAGCCAUUUCUUUCUAAGUAUGCUAAGUGGAGGUUGCUGAGCGUACUUGAUUUAUUCUAAGUUCCUGCAAAGCUCAUUGCAGCCAGGCAAGCAGUGGUGGUUCUUGUUCUUCCAUACGCUAACGUUCAGAUCUGAUACAGUCAAGGAGACGAGGGUGUUCUCACCAUCAAACGUUCUUCACAGAUAACAGGCGUUUGCACAGAUGAUAAAAUCCUGCACGUAUUCUUCAAAGUUGAUGGAAUUAAGCAGGAUUUUAAAAGCAAAUAAAAUUAACAAUUUCAGAGUUUUCAAUGCAGUUUAUUUGACCCACUAAGGAUUCUAGUUAUAUAGCAAUAAUAGCCUAAUUUAAUUAUUAUUCCAGUGAAUCUGUCGCUAGGACGCGAGUAGCUCCGUGGUUGUAUGCUGCGUGUUUGUGUGUGGGGAGGAGAAGGACGGGGAGCAGGUUUGGGGGCUGAGGGAGCUGUUCCAGCCUGUGGCAUGGAUUGCCUUCUCCUCCUGUUCAGGUAAAUGCACGUGUGCUGGUUUACUUUUCAGUUGGUUUCACAGAUGCUGUUGAUUAUCAUAUUUUCCAAUAUAUACCUGAGAUAAAGAUGCUUAACAAACUUAAACAAACAAACAAAAAUUCCGUACUUAAGUUUAUGCCUUUUAUUGAUAGGAGACUUUCCAUGCAUUCAGUAUAUACCAUAACUUUUGGAGUUUAACUGCAGUCUCCAUGAAUGAAGAUGCUCAUAUACGUGUUCUGGUCGGAAGUAUUAGUAAACACUCUUUUCAAUUAGUACAAGGUGGUGCAAGGUAUAGGAGUAGUUUUGACUUCAUCAGAACAAACCCCCCGUAGGUCGGGGUGAUAUGGAUGGUUAUUCACUGUUUACAUAAACAUCUUUCGUUUAUGGAAGUCAAAGCACUUGGAAUUGCAAAAAGUUUUACUCCCUUUCCCUAGGCAGUGGCAAUGUUAAAUUAGGUCACAGAGAUGGACCCCAUGUUGUGUAAUGUGGUAUUCCUAAAUUUCAGAGAGCAGCAUAAACAAUUUUUAGCAUGCGGGCUUGGUAUGAAGAAUGGGAAAAAUACCCAAUGAAAUAAACUGCUGUUACGCAAUGAACCGUUUAGCUAGAAACGGAUCAAAGAGCAUCCCAACCUAGGGACCCUGUCACUUGAAAUGAUGCUGUCUUCAUUUUCCGUUCCUGUUCACUGAAGUGCUUGGUCACAGGAAGAUCAGACACAGCAGUCCGCUGGAAUCUGCAUUUAAAGAACAGCACUCUCAUUGUAAUGUCUGUCUUGGAGUUUAAAAAUUAAGGACCUUCAAAUAAGAUGUCAUACAACUCUAAAUUAUCAUCCAGUUCUCUUUCCUAAUCACUCAAGAUUAUCUGUAAAGCACUUUAAAAUGGGUAUGAGGUUAUACAUGUACAUACAGUUCCUGAAUUUCUGCUUUUUUUUUAAGAUACUCAUCUGUAAGCUUCUUGACAGUCUCUCCGACGAGGAAUGCUUUUCUCUCAGAAAGCCUAGUGGGAACCUAGAGGGGCGACUGUGCCCAGUACGCGUUAGAAACAGAUGACUUUUUCUGGGAGACAGCGUGUUGCUUUUGUGAAUUUGCCAUCUGUAAGUCCCCAUUCACGAUAUGAAACAAUGCAAAACGUCCAAGCUUGCCUUAAAUUCUUGAUAUUUAACUGAAACGCAAAGAACUGGAUGAUAAUUCCUAUUUUUUUGCCUUACGCGCUGUGCUGUAUUUUAAACCCAAGAAAAACUAUAAUUUUUAGCAGGAUUUAAUAAUUGUACAGAGAAUACCAAAUUGUACUCGGACUUGACCGGAGUGCUUUGGUUGGGAGUAUAAAAUUAUAUAUUUAGUUUUGUGUACGUAGAGUGGUUUUAUGUGUACAUCUUUUUUAGCAGCAAUGUUCUGGUUUUGUUCCUGUUGACAAAAGUGGCCUUUGAGUUCAACAGGGAAAUAACUGUAACCUGCAUUCUGGGUCUUCAGUAGCGUUCUCAAUGUGUGUGCUCUUGUGGUAACGCUCUGUAAGUAUUGUUGUAACUAUUUCAUUGAAUGUGAAACGAUUUAGUAAAUAAACCUGGGGAAAAACUUAUUUUU